AUGGAAUGGCAGUCCAUACCGGUACCAUACCGGCGAUACCGCUAUUUGUCCGGCAGGAGCAGGCCGUAUCACUGGCACACUGCUACCUCCUCCACCAUCCACAACAACCUCUGCCUCAGCAGGUGCUGCCGCCGGCGCUGACGAUGAUGAGCUUUGGUCGCCAGCUGGGGGGUCAUCGUUGUUGUUGCUGGGGGGGGAUGGUGUGUUGCUCAUGAGGACGGCUGGUACUGGUGCGCACCACCAGCUGUACGCUGUACCGAUUGAGUAGGGUACGCCGGUACACUGCUGUGCU